UUAGUAAAUAAAAUCAUGCCUUUCCUCUAACACACAAAUCAAAUGCAUUAACUAAUUGCAAUACUAGAUAUGGAAGUUCCACAACUGAAACAUGUUCAUAAGCUUCUCAAAGUUUUAUUUUUCUUGUUCAUACUUUUACAUUUCCACAAUGUAGGUAAUAGACAAUGGCACAUGACUUCAGAUGUUAAGGAAGUAGCAGGUAAAUUCUAUGACUACAUUAUAGUUGGAGGAGGAACAUGUGGUUGUCCUUUAGCAGCAACUUUAUCAGAGAAAUUUUCAGUCCUACUAAUAGAAAGAGGUGAUUCACCAUAUGGAAAUCCCUUGAUAAUUGACAGAAAAUACUAUGGUUUUCCAUUGAUUCAAAAAGACAACCAUAUGUCAGUAGCACAAAGGUUCACAUCACAAGAAGGUGUUAACAAUGUUAGAGGAAGAGUUCUUGGAGGAUCAUCAGCUAUAAAUGGAGGAUUUUACAGUAGAGCAAGUGAGGAAUAUGUUGAGAAAGUUGGUUGGGAUAAGAAACUAGUGAAAGAAAGUUAUGAAUGGGUGGAAUCAAAAGUUGUGUUUCCACCCUUUUUCCUUACACCAUGGCAAUCUGUUGCUGAAUUCAGCCUUCUUGAAACAGGAGUUUUGCCAUACAAUGGUUAUAGUUUGGAACAUAUUAAGGGGACCAAGGUUUCUGGGAGUGUUUUUGAUGGAUUUGGAAAGAGACAUACCUCAGCUGAUCUUCUAGAGGCUGGAAACCCAAUGAAUCUUACAGUCCUUGUAAAUGCCACAGUCAAGAGUAUCAUCUUUCAUUACAAUGGAGACAAGAAUGAAACAAAGGCCAAGGGCAUCAAGUUCAUAAAGAGCAAUGGAAGUUUAGAUGAAACCUAUGAAGCCUACAUCAAGAAACAAAAGAAUUCAACUUCAAGGGGUGAUGUGAUAUUAUCAGCAGGUGCAUUAGGUAGCCCUCAACUUUUACUCCUAAGUGGCAUAGGACCAAAAGAACAAUUGAAAAGCUUCAACAUUCCACAAGUACUUGAAAGGAAAGAGGUUGGUCAAAAAAUGCAAGACAACCCUUGCAUAGCAAUCUUGGUUGAUUCCAAGCCAGAAAAUAGGCCUCCUGAUCCACCACAAAUUGCAGGCAUAACAGAAGACUUCAAAAUCAUAGUUGAAGCAUCAAUAUUUCCCUUAAGCAUCAAUGAAUCAAGGGUUAACAUUGCUGCAAAGAUAGCAAUGCCUUUUUCAAAAGGAAGUCUUGAACUCAACAACACAGAUCCAAGGUUGAACCCUUCUGUGAAAUUCAACUAUCUUGAAAAUGAAAAUGAUAUGGAAGAGUGUGUGAAGAUGACAAAACUACUUAACAAAAUUGCAAGGUCUAAGUCUAUUGCUUUUUUCCUUGGUGAGACACAGCAAAACAAAUUGGCAACUAAUGAGUUUGACCUUAGAAAAUUUUGCAAGAAAAAUGUGAGAACUAUAUAUCACUAUCAUGGUGGUUGCAAUGUUGGAUCAGUAGUUGAUAAACACUACAAAGUUUAUGGUGUGAAGGGAUUGAGAGUAUUGGAUGGCUCAACUUUUUCUGAGUCACCAGGUACAAAUCCUAUGGCUACACUUUUGAUGCUUGGAAGGUACCAAGGAAUCAAGAUUCUACAAGAAAGAGAAGAAGAUUCUGGUUUGAAUUUGAAUGUCAAAGAAAACACAUAAUAAACUUUGUUUUUUUACUUGUGUGCAAAAUCAAGUUUGAAAAAAGUAAGGCCUCAUUUAGAACAACUUAGAAGCCUAACACAGGGUGCUUUCAACCUCACAAUUCUCUACUUUUCCCAUUGUAAAGCAAUUUCAUUCAAUCAUUCCCCAUUUCAAAUUUGUCAAAUUAACUUUGAAGUUUGGACCAAGAAAUUAUAACACUUUCAUGAUUCUCUCCAA